ACGUGUUUUUGACAUUACACGCCAUAACAUAACCUCUUCAUUUUGUUAUUUACAUGAAAAUGUGGCUUAUGUUCUUUUGAAAUACUUUGACUAUUUUACACUACAAUAGGUAAUACUUAAUACAAUAUGAGUGAAGAAAAUUUUGACACAACAGAAUCAAAGGCAGGCGAACAAAAUGAAAACAAUCCACAGAAGCGAAAGUGGCGUAAAAAACGAAAGAAUUUCUUAUCAAAUGCGAAGAAAUACGCAAAGAAGGGACAAAUGGGUCGCGGAACACAAAUAUCUGAAGAAUUAUAUCAGUACUUCGUUGGAAUUUUGGAGGCUAUCAAACAAGGGAUAGAGGAUAAGGACGAAAAACAGGCUCUAGUCAACAAUGUACUUGAGCGAACUAAAGGUGAAGAGCUAAACAUAAUAGGUAAUCAGUUAGGAUGUCGUGUGAUAGAACUUUUGAUACCAUAUUCAACACCUGAGGAUCUGGAGCGAUAUAUCGAAGUUGUCAAUACAGACCUUCGUAGACUGUGUUCUGACAACUUCUGUGGUUAUGUCCUCAACAGUAUGCUAACCGUUUGUAGUCACAGAGCGACAGAUCACUUGCAGAAUAAUAAUCAAGAAACAGAAGAUGAGGUACCGAAAAAGAAGAGAAAGAAAGAACAGGAUUGUAAAUACUCAGAAGAGCAUGUUAAAAAUUGUCACGAGUUUGUAAUAAAAAUAUCUAAAUAUGUUUUAAAUAAUUUAGAAGAUUUCGUUUGGGAACCGAAUACAAAUUAUAUGGUACGAACAGUACUCAAAUGUCUGAGCGGUAUUAAUCUUUUACCCGGAGAGAAACCGAAGGUAAAUCUUUUCAAAGAACCGAUACUACAAAAUAAAGGUAUACCACCUCAUCAAAGUGAUGUUAAGUAUAGGAAUGUUCCGGAAGAUUUUACAGAAAUAGUCAAAGAGUUUGGUAACCGUUUAUCACUUUGGCCUCAAUUCAAAGAUUUACCCUUUGAAAAUAUGACUUCAGCUUUAUUACAAGUACUUCUAUUUGCGGUUAAAAAUGCUGACAAAACGGUAACAAAGCAUUUAAUAAAGAAAUUAUUAAAUGAGAGCUUCGCACCUGAUGACUGGGUAUCUGAAGGUGCUGAUGAUAAAAAAGAUGAUGAAAAAGAUAGCAAAGAUGAUGACAAAAAUGAAGUAAAUGGUGAUAAUACAUUAAGUUCUAAUUUGCCUCCUGUCUUUCAAUCGGAAGCAGCUGUAAGGUUAUUAGAGGCAGCGCUGUUUGUAGCUAAAAAGAAGUUGUAUACACAGAUAUAUGCUAAAUGCUUCAUCAAUCGUCUCGGCCAGCUGGCUACUGUUAAGACAUUGAACUUUACUGUACAGCGUCUGAUUGAUAACUGUCAAAUUAAGGAAGAGUUCGAACCAAUGUUUGAUGAGCUAUGCCCUAAAUUUGAGGAGAUAAUGUCAUGUGGUAACACAGGCGUGUUGGUGGCAUUAGCAAAAGCCUGCCACAGGUUAAAAAGCAAGCAGACACAGUUUGUUCAGCAUCUAGAAGCAGUGUUGAAGUGUACAGAGGAUGGUGCUCAGAAGUAUUUCUCAGUUUUGUGCCUCCGUUUGCAGCCGCUUGAUAAAGUUGAUGUGAACAAGUUAUCGGAGGAAUACUUUAUACAUAUACAUGGAUCAAUUAUAUUGCAAACAAUACUAGAUUUCCAGAGGCCGACGAAGGCAAUAUCAAGUGUGUUGUCUCUGAGCGGUGAGGAGCUGCUGGUUGUGUUGUCGGACGCGAAGGGCUGUCACGUGGCGGACGCUCUUUGUACGGGACAAUUUGUUGGUGUUAAAUCCAGAGACAAGCUUGUUAAGAAACUUAAGGGCUACUAUCAAAAGCUGGCUCUAUCUCAGCACGGCUCGCGUGCAUUCGAACAGAUCUUCGAGGCGUCUUCACCUGAACAACAAGUUGCGAUAAUGACAGAGUUAUCAGAUAAGAGCAAUCUACUUAACGGUUCACAAUAUGGCCGCAUUAUAGCAACUAAAUAUGAUCUAAAUACAUUCAAACUAUCGCAAAAAGCUUGGGAGAAAGCUAGGAAGAAAGCUAAAAAGAAUCAAGACUAAUUUUUAAUAAAUCUUCGACUUUGUCAGUGCAGAACUAAAAAAAAAUCUAGCCUAUAACAUGC